UUUAGACAGCACAUAUUCGGUGCUGGAAUCGAGGAGAACAGACAGCACAGGAGAAAAGCUGAGCCGGGAGGCUUAGAAACAGUCAAGCUGUAGCAGCCACAAACUACACUCAGUAAUGGCUCCUCGGAUAAGACUGAACAUAGCAAAGCCUCUUCCAACCAUAAGUGAAGCCCUUGAGGAUAUUCUAGAUGACAUAACAAGCAACACAAAAGAUUUUGGAAAUGCUUGCAUGAGCCCAGAUUCUUGUUCAGGUGAAGACUACCUUCAGUCUAUCUGCCAGCUGGCAAGACCUACCUUUCUGGUGCUACCUGAAAGUAAGCGUAAAGUCCAAGACAUAGAGAAGCUGGGAAUGCUACACAAUAGUCACAGGGUCUUUAACUUGUCUGAGACACCUAAAAUGGUCUCCAGAUAUAAAAUAAUUGACAUCCUUCCUAGUGUGAGAACAUUAGAAAGAAACAGCUUCAUUCUUGAUCGUAUCAAAGCCUAUUCAAGCUCUAAGGCUGACCCACUAGAAGAGCUGUAUGCAGAAGCUGAGAAGACUCGUUGGUGGAGUUAUCCUAAUGGGAGUAAUAACACUCACCUUGACUAUUCGCAGCAUGACUUCCAUGGUGCCAGUCUAUCUGAACCUCAAGUAAAAACUUUGGAGGAACCAGUUGAUGUCACCUUACCCAGGCUCCCCUCCCCAAGACCGAUGCAGAGAGAAAACAGCAGCCCAGAGCUAAGAAGUCUGAAAAACCAAGGCAGGAUGCUAACUCUGGAGAGUGGUCCAAAUCAGAAAGAAAAUGAUCCUCUCAUUGUUAAUGGUAAAUCAAUCUGGCUGCACCCACCCAGAGAAACUCCAGUGGGGGCCAAAAGUUUGAGAUCUUCACAAAGAGAGCAACAGACUCUGAAGGCAGCAGCCAGCCCUGACAAAGAGCGACCAAAGCCUUCCAUUUAUAAUCACAAUGUGAAAGGACAGGUGAGUAACCGAGAAGGCAGUGUGCGAUACUUCACCAUUGAUCAAAGAAAUGCUAGCUGUGACUGGAUUUCAGAAUACCAAAGUGCUUGGAAAGAAGCCAAGGUGAGAGCUUGCCUGCUCCCUGCCAUUGAAGAAUCAUGAGUUACUACUUCAUUUGAGGAAAAUAUGGAGGGCAUCACUUCUACCUGUGUUCAUAGACAGUCGAUGUACACUGCAGACUGCAUUGUCCAAAUGACCUGAAGAACAUCCAGAACUUCAGAGAAUCAAGUGAGCAGAACAAAUUGCAGUGCUGAAUGGAGAAAACAUUGCAGGCUCAGUCAUCUUAGAUAUUCAGAUAAUGACUGUAAUGAUUAUACAUUUUGUAACCUGGGUGAAUAUAGAUGGUACAUACACUAAAUAAGCAGAUCUCUUUAGAGUGUUCAGGAUGCAGCUGUACAGUUUUGCAGAAGCAUUUCUUGACAACAAAAUUUAAAAUUCCACAUGUGCCAGUCCUGCACACAAAUAUCAGUUGUGCAAGCAUUUUAAGAAUUCAUCUAGAAGACAGAGUGGGGACACAGAGGCUUCAUCUACAUCCCCGCCCCAAACAGAAAAACUUCAGUCUUGUGGGAUUUUUAACAUCACCAUUGGAGAAAGAGGGAGAGAGAGCUAAUCCAGAAGGGCAUAGAAACACACGUCUAUGUUAAUCAGGGCAAAAGAACUCAAGAAAAGCCCAGCUGGAUCAGACCAAAGGCCAAAGAUGUAUCUGGGGAGCCCACAAGCCAGGCACAAAGGCAACAGCCCUCCCACACUCUUGGCGCCACACUAUUCAAUUAACAGACUCUAAAAAUGGGGGCGUGAUAUAGCCAUCCUGGCUAAUGGCCACUGAUAAACAUUUAUACUCCAUGAAUCUGUCUAAUUUCUCCUUUAAAGCUGCCCAACCUUAAUGACAACCACCACAUCUUUGGGCAGCAAAUUCCAUACAUUCAUGAUCUGUUGUGUGAAGAAUUUGUUUUCCUUUUGUCUAUCUGGAUCGCCAGGUUCCCAAGGUAGAUUGUAUUUACAUCUGCUCAGCCCUGCAGUCAGCCUUCCUUAUUAGGUGGGGAAGCCACAUUUCUAGGUGGUGCAUUUUGGGAGGAGAGAGGUGUAUAAUGCCAUCCAGGACCCUCACGACAGACAGACAGACAGACACUGGUGGAGAGGAUGUGAGGGUCAGACAGGAAAGGCAGUGACCUUCCCCUUCACUCGCCUGCCAUGCAGAGAGUGUGCUAACUUACAUAACCGGCUGUGUAAAGGUCAAGUUACUAGAAAAUGUAAUUUGAACACCAGGAAUUAAAUUACUAGCAUUUUGUUUUGUUUCAUAAGAAAAAAGGAUGUUAAGGAUACAGUGAACUCCUGUAUUUACAUUACAGCUCUGCCUUAUUCACUGAUUUUUUCAGAUGGUCCUGUUCUUAAAUUGGGUCCUGUUCUUAAAUUGCUCCUGUUCCUAAAACAAGCUGUCAUUCUUUAAAUGGCGGCUAUGAUUGUCUGCCAUGUCACAAAUUAAAUAACCUUCCCCCCGCCCCCCAAAAAAUCUGGACAGGGCGAAGCACAGCCUCACCCUGGCUAUAGGGCUGUAUCCACUUAUAGCCAGUUUAUCCUAGCCUUUGUAGUUUCACCCUUACUUUUAUGUUGCAUAUCAUCUUUCUUUAUAGGGCUUAGGCCCUUCCCCUCAGCUGCCACUUCCUAAGACAAAGGAAGGUCCCGGCUCUUUCCUGAGCAGUGGCCAAACAGUCCUGUACUGUAGCAGGCUCCUUUGCGCCCCAGUAAGUUACAUCUGCUAAACCAUAUAACCAAAUGCUUUUUAUUUGUUCUACAAGCAUAAUAAUGAAGAAAAUGUAUUUUGGUUUUGGUUACUCUACAAUAAGCAGUUAAGGAACCCUGUACUUUCUCCAGUGCACUGCAGCAGCAGUAGAAGUUCCUUUAUCUGUUAUCCUGAAUCCUGUCACUUGGAGGCCUUGUCACCAAUAGAGAGAAGCAAGUAGGUGUUUGCCACCUUUUGGUGUCCAGAUAUAUUAAGUGGUUCCCAGUCCCACUCUCCAGGACAAUUGUUUUACACGCAUGCGUCGAGUGCUGCUGUGUUUAAUGCCACAUAUGACUAUUGAUAUAAAAUUAGUAAACAGGGGACUGAUUACUCUGUUUCUUUCUAAUUUAGGGAGACCGAGCCAGACUUGUCUGGAAAUUAUUGCUAAAAUUGGGCUGCCUAUGCCUCUCCUGUAUCUUCUUGCUGCAUGUCUAGUGGUGGUGUUUUAUCAUUUUGUUUUUUUUACGCAAACAGACCCCUUUUUUGCAUCUCAGUAACCCAGCCGGCAGUGUGUCAUUUUUUUCAAAGCGUGUUGUACUACUUUCUGCAUCAACUUUAUUAGCAUGUAAUUUUAUAUUAUGUACAGUAUCUAACUCUUACCGUACAUGUGACAUUCAAAUGGCUGCCUGCUUCACAUGCUGCCACAUUAGCAAAAGCACUGCAUGCUCCUGUAGUUUGUUCCUCGUAACUCCCAUACACUACUCUCUCUUUUUACCGUAUACACAUGUAAUGUGGACUCAGAAUUACCAUGUACAUAACUCAAAAAUUGUGUAUCCCUUUGAUUUGUUGCUAGAUAUAGCUUGGAUAUGUAGGCAUAUAUAUCCACUGACUUUGUAAUGCCUGAACUGGACCUAAGGGGUACUGCACAGUUGCUAUUUUGUACUAUUGGCUGUUGCAGGCAUGACCAGUAGAGGUAAUUUAAUUGGUGUGUUAUUCCUAGAAACCUUCAUUUUUAAACACUACAAAUCUUGGGAGGGGAAAUGAUAAACAUUUGCAAACCCUCCCUCCUCAUAUUGGAAGAGGUGAUAUGAAUAUUAACUCUGCCAUGUGAGCUUUGAUUGAUGAGGAAGCUUUAGUUCUGAAUAGAAUAAGACAGAAUCCUAUUUCCAGUAUCAGUAGAAAAAUCACCAUGUGAGAUGGAGAUAGGUUAGCUUCAAAUCCAAGGACAAACCACAAUACAUUCAAUGACAUAGGGUGCAAUCCUAUACCCAGUUAAAUGGGAGAUAUUACAGGACUGCGCUUGUAGGUGUCUUGUUUACAUUUGUGGUAGGACAGACACAGAGUGUGUACACAUCAUACAUUUAAAGCACAUUAUCCUCUCCCCCCCAAAAAAAUCCUGGGAGCUAUAGUUUGUUAAGGGUCCUGGAAAUUGUAGAUCUGUGAGGGGAUUUUAGAUAAGGAGAAACAUUUUUAAAGCUUCCCUAUGUGGUUUUAAAAAAAUAGGAAAAAAAUAGAAACCCAGCGUAGCAAGCAAAGAGCUGGGAAUUAAACAUUUCUUUCUGAUGUGGUAGUUUUUGUAUUUGGAAGGAGUUUUUUUUCAAUAGGGGAAGCAUUCAAAGGCAAUACCCCCCACUUGUAGUCUGAAAUGGUGUGGUCCAGUCUACCACCUCAUGCUGUUGUAGACCAAGCCUCAAAAAUAAUAAAAGUAUAGGGAGAGUAAACAGUUUGACUUAAAUAAGCUCAUUAAUUCCAUGGUCCAGUCUAACGAGACUAUUAAUAGCAAUUCAUUACUGUAUAAAUUUGCAGUGAAUUCCAGAAUGAUUGUACACGAACUGUAUAUUUGUCUCCACCCAAAAUGACCAUGUGCUUUUCAUCAUCUUCUGUGAACCCUGUAGAUUUUUGUCAAUGCCACACUGUCUCUAUUGUGCAUAUGGUACACUUAAAAGAGACAUCUCAUCAAAUAUGCAAUUUACUAUAUUGUCAUUCAAACGUGCUUACCAAAAAAUGUUCUAUCUGGAAUCAGUGUUCAUUCCUGCUUUUGGUUCAAUCAAUAGAUGAAGUGAAAAAGUAAAGCCAUUUCCAUGGUGUUUGCUGCUAAUCAAGCUUGUACAGCCUUUGGGGGAAGAAAACGGAUAACAAAAACAGUCACAUGUUCCAAACAUUGCUAUGACUGUACCUAGGACAAAGCUCAUAACAUGCUAUCUGCAGUGUCAUAUGUCUUUGCGAGCUGCCUUGUGGAUUCGGUCAUGAACAGAAAGUCAGAGUAAAAAUAAAAUUAAUGUUAUGCUCUAAGCUUCAACCUACACAUAGCUAAUUAGGAGUAUGUGCCAAAUCAGCAUGACGCACUUCCCAGUAAACAUGCAUUAUUAGUAAGUAAGCUUUAUUGCACUCCCUGAGAUUUCAAAGUAAACAUGUUUUUAGAUCUAUGAUGUAUUUCCACUCCCAGGAAAUAAAUUGCUAAUAUGCAUGCUUUAAAAAUAAAACCAUCAGGAAGCAGCAGCUACAUGUAUAUAGGAGAAACUGACAGCGAGGUGGCUGGCUCUGUACACGUUCAGAGUACAGCUUGACUGAUAAAACUAAUUUAAGAACUUUCCCCUAAGGAUGGAAAAAUCUGUUAAUGUUGGUUUCUCAUUUUUCCAAUCUUAAAUUCAGUUCUCCACAUUACUGCAGUAAUUUUAAAACAUCCUCAUGAAAAUCCUCCAGCAUUUUAGCUGGCAUUUCUCCUAAUAAAUACAUUUUGUAGACAGUUUUGACUAGUGUACAAGUUUUUGCAAGCAUUUUCUUAUUAUAUAAUGCAGUUUUGUAUCUUAUCUUCACUCAUAUUUAUUUUUAUGCACACUUUCCCUAUGUAUUUUUGUAAACAUUGCUUGGUUGGCGAGCUGUUUUGCAAAAUUCGAAGAAGUGUGAAUUUUCAAGGAUGGCUGUGUUUUGGUCCUCAUAAGUGAUAAUAUGACAGAUUCACCUUAAUAUGAAAACCCAGUUGAAUUUAUGAUCCAUCCCUACUUUCCCCUUAUGUUUUUCUGCUGUACCAUAUUGUCAAAAACGGUGGGACAGAUUGCCACCUUAAUUCUUGCCCCAUGGCUAUGAUCCCUGGCACACAUACUUGGAAGUAUGAUUUGUGGGAAGCAGUAGGCCAUAGGGAGCAGGGCCGGUGCAAAAGGGUGGCCAGGUAGGGCCUUGCCUGACGGCCCCUGCGGCCCAGAGAGAUCCGUGCAGGGCCCCUUCUUAGGGUGUGGGAAUAGCGUUCCCCUUCUGCAAUCCUUGGCAGGGUCAACUCCUGACCCUGUCACAGAUUGUAGAGACAGAGCUCCCAACCUCUCCAACUGUGCUGGCCUGUGGCGCCUGCCCACUCCACCUACCUCUUCUCCUUUUCUGUGAAUGUCCUGCAUGCUGCUUGUGCAGCUGCCAUCAACCAAGAUGGCAGCAGAGGCUUCUCUAAAGGAAUGAUGUCCCUACUGCCAUCUUGACUGGUGGCAGGCAUGUGAGCGCACGCAUGGCAUCAACAAAUAUGGUGGUGGGGGAAUCAGUCCCUUAAAGAAGCCUCUGCCACCAUAUUGGUUGAUGACAGUGACCUGGCGCUGCGUGCAGGUCAUUCACAGAAAGGGAGAAGAGGUAGGUGGAGAGGUCCUGCACGGUCUGGGGGGGCUGGAAGCAGGGGGUCCAGGCAGGCUGGUACCCAAGAGCCCAGUCACUCCUGGUGCCAGCCCAGAUAGGGAAAGUGUGUGUGUGAACAAUGGCCACAUGAAACACUUGGUUUAUUUAUGUGUGUGUAUGAGUUGCCACAUAUCGACAAAUAGAACUUCACAUCAUUUCUCUCUCACACACAAUACUUUACAGUGGAGUGAGUUCACACAUUCAGUUGCUAGCAACAGAGUGUAGAGAAAGCAAGUGAGGUGUAUGCAAAUGUGAAUCAGAACUAGGAUAUAAAUCUUGCACAUGAAUGCAAUUGUUAUAGUGCUAAUCCAAGGUAGCUCCCUAGAAUUGUUUGAAAAUUCCUCCAGCCAUUAAAAGAGGCUAGAAAGAUGUUAAACAAAUACUCUUCUAUAAGGAUGCUUUACUGUCUAGCUCCUGAUAUUUCAGGGGGAUUUCUGUAUCAUAGAAUCAUACGGUGAUUGGAGGUCCAAUGUUAAAUAGCAUUUACCCUUAGGAAGUUUCUUAUAGCCAGUCUGCUUCCCUGCCAUUUCCACCCAUUGGUUCUAGUUCUGCCCUCUGGUGCAUAAAAGGUCAAGUAUGUCCCAUCUUCUGCAGGAGAACCCUUCAGGAUAUUUGAAGAUCACUGGCACAUCUCAACCUAAUCUUUUGUUCCCCAGCUCUUUCAACUGUUCCUCAGAGGUCUUGGUUCCAGACCUCUCAAUAUCCUGAUCACUCUCCCCUGGACAUCCUUCAGAGGGUCACCAUGUAUCACUCUAGGAACCAUGGCCUGUGAUGGAAAAUUGCUCACUUACAUCAGGAACUAAAGAGCCAUGGGAUGCACAAGGACUUGAGUAUGUCUGGUGGAUUUUUUUUUUAAAGCAUACAUACACACAAACCCAAUGCCAUAUCCUAAUAUGCUUUUCAAU